AGAUAUUGUUUUCCCUCCGCUUCUCCCAACCCACAGCAAUCGACAGUCUCGAGAUAGCGAGAGAGAGAUGAGUUCCAAAGAGAGCUACCGAGUCGAGCUCCGAUCCGCCGCCCGCCAACUUAGCGAUCGCUGCCUCUACUCCGCCGCCAAAUGGGCAGCGGAACUCCUCAUCGACAUCGAGCCCGACGUCCACGCCCCCGCGUCCUCCGCCUCCUCUUCGGCUGCCUCUGCCCGCGCCACCCCCUCCACCUCCAGCGCCGCCCGCCCCCUCUCCCACCUCCACCCUGACGCCUCCGCAUACCGCCGCCGCCUCCGCUCCGCCGCUGCCUCUGGCGACAUCGCCGCCACGCCUCCCGCCGGCGUCUCCUACAUCAGCACGCCCGUUCCUGACGACGAUGGCUUCAACAGUGAUGGCGGCAACGACCGCUAUCUCCUCGCCAAGUCCUACUUUGACUGCCGCGAGUACCGGCGGGCCGCUCACACGCUCAGAGGUCAGACCGGGAAGAAGACCGGCUUCCUCCGUUGUUAUGCCCUUUACUUGGCAGGAGAAAAGCGUAAGGAGGAAGAGAUGAUAGAACUUGAUGGGUCUUUGGGCAAGAGUGAUGUUGUCAACAGUGAACUGAUCUCUUUAGAGAGAGAACUUUCUUCGCUCAGGAGAAUUGGCAGCAUUGACUCCUUUGAUUUAUACUUGUAUGGACUCAUACUUAAAGAUAAAGGCUGCGAGAGCCUGGCUGUAACUGUUUUUGUGGAAUCUGUUAAUAGCUUCCCGUGGAAUUGGAGCGCUUGGUCAGAACUUCAGUCCCUGUGCACUAACACCGACACCUUGACUAAACUAAAUCUCAAAAACCACUGGAUGAAGGACUUCUUUCUUGCUAGUACAUAUCAGGAGCUAAAGAUGCAUGAAGAAGCUUUAAAACGAUAUGAGUGCUUACUGGGGGUUUUCCGUUCCAGUGACUACAUCCAGUCUCAAAUUGCAACAGCUCUUUAUAGCUUAAGGGAGCUUGAUGAGGCUGAAGUAAUAUUUGAAGACCUCCUCAGGAAUGAUCCUUAUCGGGUGGAGUCAAUGGAUAUUUAUUCAAAUUUGCUUUAUGCAAAAGAAUGUUUCUCUGCUCUGAGUUUCCUUGCCCACAGGGUGUUUUUGACAGAUAAAUAUAGACCUGAGUCAUGCUGCAUCAUUGCAAAUUAUUACAGUUUGAAGGGGCAACAUGAGAAAUCUGUUCUAUACUUCAGGAGGGCACUUAAACUUAACAGAAAGUACCUCUCAGCUUGGACACUGAUGGGUCAUGAGUAUGUAGAGAUGAAGAAUACCCCAGCUGCAAUCGAUGCCUAUCGCAGGGCUAUUGAAAUAAAUCCUAGGGAUUACCGUGCCUGGUAUGGUUUGGGUCAAACCUAUGAGGUGAUGAAUAUGCCCUUUUAUGCCCUGUAUUAUUUUCGGAAAUCAUCAUGCUUGCAGCCUAAUGAUUCCAGGCUUUGGGUAGCCAUGGCUCAGUGCUAUGAAAGUGCGCCACUUCAGAUGCUCGAGGAGGCCAUUAAAUGUUACACGAGGGCUGCAAACUCGAAUGACAGUGAAGGCAUAGCCUUGCAUCAGCUUGCAAAGUUGCAUGGUGUUCUUGGGCACUCUGAACAAGCUGCAUUCUUCUACAAGAAAGACUUAGAGAGGAUGGAAGCUGAAGGCAGACAAGGGCCAAAUAUGGUUGAAGCUAUGCUUUACCUUGCUAGGUACUACAAAUCUGAGAAAAAGUUUGAAGAAGCAGAGUUCUAUUGCACAAGGCUCUUGGAUUAUACUGGUCCGGAGAGGGAGACGGCAAAAAGUCUUCUGAGAGGAUUGAGGAUAGCUCAAACCGCUUUUCCCUCAAUGGACAUUGGACAUUUUGGUUCAUGAAAUUUCUUGUGUACCCUCGAGAAUAUUGGUAUGUUACGUGCAUGUCUUUACGUCUCAAGCAUCAGAGAGUCAUCUAGUAACAUCUUGUCCAUUGCCCGUUAAAGGCAUAGCAAAAGCUUCAGAGAUUUCCGUACUGGCAUACGUCAAAUUUUGAACUAUGGGAUCUGCUCAAGAAGAGUAAUAUCACCAACUGUAAGUCACUUUAUCCUUGUCAAGUGGCUUCUAACAGCAGGGAUGUGGUUCAUGAACACAAAUCAUGCUCUGAGAAGCUUGCGACUUGAAGCACAAAUGAUCCACUUCCCACUUCCAAUUCCAACACAGCAUGAGAUCUCUUCGUUAGCAAGUCAACCAAAAAUCAUGAAGUCUGUUGCUACUGCUGAUUUGCUUUGUGAAAUGAACUGUUUUUUCUCCUUUAAUGUACGAGAUUGUCUAUCUGAACUUUGUAGCCCAUUUUUCUGAGAAGUUUUUUGGUCCUAAUCUGUUUCUUUCUUAUGUAUUCGAGUCCUAAUAUUCCAGAAUUUCAUGUUCAUAUCAAAAUGGUGUCGGCCUGCUUACAUAUCUCAAAUAUCUUAUGAUAACUUGGGAGAAAUAA